AUGGCAUCAGAUCUCCCAUGUCACCAUCGGGCUUUGGUCCUCGAGGCCGUUGGAGCUGGUUUCGAAACCAAAAAGAUUCCAAUGCCCAGCCUGGAUGCAGGAAGCGCCAUUGUCCAAGUUCUUUCGGCGGGAGUCCGGUCGUAUCAUCGCGAAAUUUAUAACGGCCAGCGCCAUUACAAUUUUCCCAAACUCAUCGUCGGCGGCAUCAGCGCGAUCGCACGCAUCGCGGCGGUGGGACCUGAUGCGGUAGCUUUGCAUGCUGGGCAGCUCGUUUUCGCUGACUGCAAGAUACAUGCACGAGACGACCCAGAUAGCUUGUUUGUGACGGCAAUCCACGAAGGUAUGAACGACCGGAGUAAGAAGUUGAUUACAGACGUAUGGCGGGAUGGAGUAUUCGCCCAGUACGCCAAAAUACCUCUGGAGAACUGCAUUCCACUCGACGAAACAAAGCUGUGCAGGCAGUUGGGAUACACCACCAAUGAUCUGAUGGAUAUCAAGCUGGAGCCUGGUGAAACGGUUGUGGUAUGUCCUGCGACAGGUGGUUUUGGCGGGGCGGGUGUUCAAGUUGCCGUGGCCAUGGGUGCACGAGUGAUUGCAAUGGGACGCGAUGAGGAGGAGUUGGCUAGAUUGAGUGCACAUAUCAAGAGCGGAACACCUCGCGCAAGCAUCGAAACCGUGAAGUUGACGGGGGAUCUGGAGACCGACACGGUAGCACUUCAAGCCUUUGGCACCAUUGACGCUGUGAUUGAUUUCACUCCACCUUUUGCAUGCAAAUCCACGCAUCUGAAGAGUGCGGUCGAGGAUGUCAUCGAUUAUAAGGUCAUGGCUCUCAACAUUACCUUGAAAGGCAAGCUAAUGUACGAGAGAGAGGACGUGGUAUUGUUUGUCAAAAUGUUGGAGAGUGGUUUGUUCCCGAGAGGAAAAGACUUUGCGGAUGUCAAGGCGUUCGCCAUGGAAGACUGGAAUGAGGCCCUCGAUACAGCUGCUGAGCAUAUUGGGAUCGGAAAGGUCGUGGUGAUUGAGCCCUGGUCCUAG